AUGAAUAUGACGAGUCCACUCAGUCAGUCGACAGAUCAUCCACUGAUACAGAAAGAGAGACGCACUGCAUCUGGAUCAACUCCUCUCCCCACAGUCCCUGAGGCCGCGUCCAUCGCAUCAACUCCCGAACUACAACAAGGGGAAUUCAAUCCAGCAGAUGGAGCAAAGCCAUCCUCACCAUUCUAUCGCCAUGCCACACCAUCACUAACUAUCGACCGACUGAAAAAGGCCGCCAAAGCGACAACAACACGAUACAGCCCCCUUGAUCCCGAAGACCCGCCCACGGUUCACCGACAGCCAGUGGAAUGCGCGAACCACCGUGAGUCGAAGCUCUGGGCUCAGAAGAAGCGACGCUGCGGAUGGAUGCAGAGACUGAGCCGCAAGCAACGCAUGGCGGUCAAGGCGACGAUUGCUGUCGUGACAGUUGGGACCAUGGUUGCGAUCGCGCUAGGAAUUACUGCUGCUGUUGGAGGGGCCGUGUGGAAGUCUGAUACCCAGCAGGUGGUGAUUGGGGGGUAG